AUGGGACUUUUGAAAAUUAUCAAAAAGACAAAGGAGAGAGAAAAGGAGAUGAGACUAUUGAUUUUGGGAUUAGAUAAUGCGGGAAAGACAACAAUACUGAAAAAAUUCAACGGCGAAGACAUUUCUCAAAUAUCACCUACUUUGGGUUUCAAUAUCAAAACACUUUCUUAUAAUGGUUAUAAGCUUAAUUGUUGGGAUGUUGGUGGGUAACAAACAAUAAGAUCAUAUUGGAAGAAUUAUUUUGAACAGACAGAUGGGUUAAUAUGGGUGGUAGAUUCUACUGAUAAGGCUCGUUUAGAUGAUUGCAAAAAGGAAUUAUAAAAUUUGUUGAAAUAAGAGAAAUUGAUAGGAGCAACAUUAUUGAUUUUUUGUAAUAAAUAGGAUGUACCAAAAUCUUUAAGUCUUCAAUAAAUAAGAGAGUAUUUGGAAUUAGAUCUCAUACAAACAAGACAUUGGGGUAUUAUUGCAUGUUCAGCAGUUACUGGGGAUGGAUUGUUGGAAGGAAUCGAUUGGAUAGUGACAGACAUUUCAAGUAGGAUUUUCAUGAUGAGUUGA